UUGCUCUUAUUUAUUUACACAUUUCCAUGCUUAAAGCCAUACACAUAGAAUGCAACUUUUUUUAUGAAUCAAUAACGUGACACGAUGCGGAAAACACUUCUUUCGCUUCUAAGUGCUUCGGCUAUGAUCUUCGUAAUAAAAGGUGAAAUUUACGAAAAUACCGUUUUUCCCUCGUUACCGGUGGCUGUGUUAGAAACGAACAACUCAUUAUGUAAAAGACAAAGUGAAACGUAUAUCCAAAAUUUAGAAAACUUUACGAUGUGGGCACACGAAAUGUGGGAUGCGACUGCCAAAUCGGCGGCGGGAGUGCUGCGAGGGAGCAUUUUCCAAAUGGGGCAUUUUGAGGAGUGUCUAACGGCCAAAGCGCCCUUUUUGACCAAAUAUUGCCUGGCCCUAAUGACGGCAAAUGUGCCCAGUCCGAAGGUGCACACGGACCCCAUCUCGCUCUACCAUGACCCGUACGAACACGUUUCAGAGAGGCUUUAUCCCUACAAAGACAAAUCCCAGCAACCCCGCAACAUAAUCCAGGUGGGAUGGUGCAUCCCUGCGUCCUGCACCCCUGAAGAUUCCGAAAAGUUCCUCAAUUCGUACAUAAAUGACAUCGAUUUACCUCUUUUGCAAAACAACGUAACAUACAACGCACACAUUUCCGAAAUAACUUGUCACACCAAGCUGGAAAAUUCGCAAUUUUUCGCUGCUGACUACUGCUUCUGCAUACUAACUAUCCUCCUUGGCCUGUUAGUUAUCGUCUCAACUCUUUGUGACUUUAACGCAAGUGAGGAAAAAGACGAGAAGCCGGCCAAAAAAUCAUCUUUGUACAGCUAUUUGAUGGCGUUUUCCGCAAGGAAAAACUUCAACGAAUUGACAAAAAUCGACGAAUCUAACAGCGCCCUGCGCCUCUUGUACGGGAUUCGCACACUUUGCAUUUUCUGCAUUAUUUUGGACCACCGUUUCGGCACUUUCACAUCGGCCGCUUUACUGAAUUUCGACUACGUGGAGACGCAAUACAGGGCGCCCCUUGCCCCGUUUUUAUUCCACGGCGAUUUAUUCGUAGACACGUUUUUCGUUCUGGGUGGGCUUUUGGUGUGCUACGGACUGCUUAACCAGUUCGACAAGAGAAAAGUCAAUCCCGCAUUCAUAAUUUUGAUGAGAUACAUAAGAUUGACUCCCGUGUAUGCCUUCGUAAUUUUCUACUAUGCCACGCUUUUUAAUUACACGGGUUCGGGGCCUUUGUGGAAAUUGGUCGCCGGUCAAGACUCGCAAGACUGCAAAGACCACUGGUGGAUCAAUCUGCUCUAUCUCAGCAACUACAUUAAAGCCGAUCACGUGUGUAUGGCCCAUUCAUGGUAUCUCCCGUGCGACUUUCAUUACUUCAUUAUAGCCAUUUUUGUGUGUCUUUUGAUCAAAAAAGACAAGAAGUUCGGGCUCGGCACCUUGCUACUGCUGGUGAUCGUCUCAACACUGAUCCCGUUUGCCAUCACGCUGGUCUAUCAGCGGCCGGCUUUGCUGCACUUCUAUCCCGAUUUUUUGACGGGGCCCAAGAGCCACUACGACUUCCUGCUGACCUACAUCAAGUCGCACACGAGGGCCACGCCGUACUUCAUCGGCAUGUUCGCCGGAUAUGUCUACUAUAAGUUGCAAGGGAAAAGCACCCACGUUUGCAGGGUCAGGUCGCACUUCCUGAUGCUGCUGUCGCUGCUGCUCAUCUUGACUUGCAUCAUCGGGGGCGCCGUUUUCUACGACCCUUACCACAAAUACAACGCUCUUGAGUCUAGCGUUUACGCUGCUUUACACCGCCCAGCGUUCGCUAUCGGAACCGUCGGAAUAAUCUACGUCUCCAGCUACGGUCACGCUACCUUCAUUAAUAGAUUUCUUUGUUGGUCCCCUUGGAUUCCCCUAAGUAAAUUGGUUUAUGGUGCUUACCUCAUCCACAUGCAAUUUCAGUUAAGAGCUGCAUCCAAGUUUAUGAACCCGACUCAGUUUUCCUACUUCGAUGUCAUUUGUCUAUCAAUGGGUGAUACGGUUUUGUCAUUUCUGACCGCAACUGGGUUGUAUCUGUUAGUUGAAGCACCUUUCAGGAAGAUUUUCAGACAACUGUUGAUGCCAAAUAGGGUCAGUCCACCAGAAACGAAACAAGAGUCGAGAGAAAAUGUCAGCAAUGGUGUCACUGAUAGUAGGCUGUAGUAACUCACCUUUUCUCCUCGAAUUAAUUUAUCAAAACAAGUAGUAUUUAAUGGUAGAUUUAUGUGUACUUUAAUUUUGUAUGAGAAAUGUUACUAAAUAACAAAAUAAAGUUUUUUAAUUUA